GGAUCAGGUCAUGGUGUUGCCAUCUAGCAAUGUCCCAGAUUCUAUUAUUCUAAAAACUGCUUUAUAAAAGCCAUGGUUGGGGUCACCUUUGUCUUGUAAGAACUGGCCAUUAGGGGAGACGUCGUGAACCCGUGGUACGUGUCCUGUAUCUUUUGCUUCAUAGGAUAAAACAAGCUUAAAUCGAGUUUUGAGUUCGGAUUCGGAGAUUGCAAAUGUACCACCAUCAUCAACAACAAGGCAAGAUCACGCAGGCUUCUUUGAGAAUGGCGAUUCCAGAGAGGCAUUUGUUACUGCAAGGUGGAAAUGGCACCGGAGAUUCGGGUCUUGUCCUCUCGACCGAUGCGAAGCCGAGACUUAAGUGGACGCCUGAUCUCCAUGAACGCUUCAUUGAAGCUGUCAAUCAGCUCGGAGGAGCAGACAAGGCUACUCCCAAAACAGUAUUGAAAUUAAUGGGGAUUCCUGGCCUUACUUUAUACCAUCUCAAGAGUCACCUUCAGAAGUACAGGCUCAGUAAAAAUCCCCAUGGGCAAGUUAAUAGUGGCAGUAACAGAAUAGGUGCGGUGGCAAUGGCAGCAGUAGACAAAAUGUCUGAGGCAAAUGGGAUUCAAAUGAAUAACUUAACUGUUGGACCUCAAACAAACAAAGGCUUACAGAUUGGCAAAGCACUGCAAAUGCAAAUCGAAGUCCAGAGACAACUGCACGAACAGCUCGAGGUGCAGCGACAUUUACAGCUUCGGAUCGAGGCUCAAGGGAAGUACUUACAGUCAGUGUUGGAGAAAGCUCAAGAGACUCUUGGAAGACAAAAUCCGGGUUCUAUUGGACACGAAGUUGAAGCAGCCAAAGUACAAUUAUCCGAGCUGGUGUCUAAAGUGUCUAACCAAUACUUGAAUCCAACACUUUUGGAUUUGAAAGAUUUGCAGGGCUUAUGCCACACGAAAACACAGACAAAUCCGCCGGCGGAUUGUUCGAUCGACAGUUGUUUGACCUCCAUAGAAGGAUCUCAGAAAGAAUACGAAAUACACAACAAUGGGAUUUGCUUAAGACCAUACAAUCUUAUAGCAGAAGAUCCAUGGUUGCGGCAAACCGAGCUGAAGCUGUCCGAAGAAAUAAAGGAGACCAAAAUCGUUCAAUCUUCAAUAGGCAAAAUUGCAGAAAAAAACAUGCUUUUUGCAGAUAGAAGCUCCAGUGGCAGUGAUUUGUCGAUGACGGUAGGAUUACAAGGAGAGAAAAGUAACGGCUUCAACAACAACAACAACAACAACAUAAAUGGAGAAGAUGGACUCCAUUACUUUGCAACAAAGCUUGAUUUAAAUGUUGAGGAAGAAAAUGACGUAGCUUCCAGGUGUAAAGAGUUCGAUCUGAAUGGUCUCAGCUGGAGCUGAAAAGAUUUGUUGAGCUUUUCAUGACCAGAUAUGAGUGAAGAAGGCGAAGUUGAUUAUAUUUAUAAUAGAAUUUGGAUUAAACAUGGUGAAGGAAUGCUGCUGAUUGUGAUUCAGGUUCAGACCAAAAUCCAUUCGAUCUUGUACUUGAAUAACUUGCAACAACUACAUAAACAUUAUACAUAUUUCCAGCAACGCGAUGCAGUUUUGUUU